UGGGUAUAUAAAAAGCCCAGUGUGGAGGUCACCUCCAAACCUCUGAAGCUUCUCUACUUCUCCAAAGCAGCACAGCUCCCAACCCAGCUCCCCACACCAUGGCCUGCAGCUCCACCAGCUUCUGCGGAUUCCCCCACUUCUCCACCUGUGGGGUCUACGGCUCCAGCUGCUAUGAGCCAAGCUGCAUUGGCACUGGCUAUGGCAUCAGGGGUGGCAUUGGUUUUGGCCAGGAGGGUGGCAGUGGUGCCGUGAGCUACCGCACCAGGUGGUGCCGCCCAGACUGCCGCGUGGAGGGCACCAGCCUGCCCCCCUGCUGCGUGGUGAGCUGCACACCCCCAACCUGCUGCCAGCUGCACCACGCCCAGGCCUCCUGCUGCCGCCCGUCCUACUGUGGACAGUCCUGCUGCCGCCCAGCCUGCUGCUGCUACUGCUGCGAGCCCACCUUUUAACAGGCAGGUGCUAAUUUUCAAUGCCCAAGGCACAGAAUCUCUGCACUGCUCAUCUCUUGGACCGGACCUGGACCCCAGCACUUCUUAGAGCUUUACUUCAUUUUCUGCUUCGGUGGAACUGAGUCUGUGAGCAGCACAGUUCCAGCUGGCUCCGUUCUAUAAUAAGCACCUUGACCACUGUGGACACAGGAAUGCUGGGACUCUACUGUGUGACAGCCAGAUUGCUUCACGGGCUCGACAACUGCCAGCACAUUGUGGAGUCUUCCCACGAGAACUGUCUGCAACCCUGCCUCCCCUCUUACCACCUAUUUACACCUUCUGCUUGCCUAAAAAGUUUCUCCAGUGUCAGGGGCACCACAGUGUAGCCAAGAUACGUUCCUCUAAGCCAUCAGUGAGAACCGAAGCUCUGCAGCCAACCUCCAGCUCUGUUUUAUUGUACUGUGUCUUCUCAUGUUUCUUAAUAAAAGUUACAUUCUGAGCACAGAA